AUGGCGGGCGCGGCGGCCCGCCGGCAGCGCAAUCUCGUGAUGGCGGCCGCUCUGGGCGUGUUCACCCUCGGAACGCUCUCGCUGCCGCUGCUGCUGCGGUACUGCCUCCCCCCUCAUCCCCGCCUGUCCUUCCCCUGCUCGUGUCACGCCUCGCCUACCCACCCUCCUCCGCACUUUCUCCCUCCCUGUCCUGCCUGCGUCCAGUCGCAUCCCAUUCAUUUCCUCACCACCGCUCCUUUCAGGAUUCUAAGUAGAGGCCUGCCUGCAUAUUCGCAGCUGGCUGAGUCUCAUGUCCCCAUUCCUCUCCUAUCUCCCCUUUCCUCUGCCUUCCGCCUGCCGCACGUCUUGGACUUUCUUCCUUUUCCUCCGCCGUACUCCCCUCUCUCCCUCUCUUGCCUUCUUGGCUCCUCAUCCGCUUUCACUCGCGCUGCUGCUGGAGAGGGAGGGGGGCAUUUGAACCCGCAGGCAGGAUACAGAGACCGCUUCCACUCGCAGCCCCUGGUGGAGAGGGAGGGCGCGCUGAGCCCACAGGCAGUGCAGCGAGGGCCGUACCUGAAUGCUGGCAGCAAGGACAUCGGUAGAGAUCCCACUCCCAUUCACGUGUACAAGCAGAAGAGGGAGUCUCAGGCAGAUCAAUAG